CUGUAGGGGCGUGUCGUAUCGUGUGGAUUAUGAUCAUCUUUACGCGUAUGUGUGCAGAGGGAAAACACGUACGUUUGUAAAAAUAAUAUGUACAAUACGAUUUGAUGCUAAAGCUAAUUGCCAGUGACGAACUCAACUGUGAAGAACUGAUCAGCUCUGAUUGCUUGACUGUUUGAAGCCGCACCAACCAAUGGCACGGAUUGACAGCGCGAAAUAAACAUAGAACAGUCGUGGCCCGUGGCUCGCCAAACUGCAAACGCACUAUGCGACGAGAUGGACAAAGAAUGAUUUCUAUGUCUGAUGAAUUUUGGAUUAUCACGGUGUUUAGGUGAACAAGGCUACUGUCCGGUGUUGACAUCUCGUGAAUUAUGGCAGUUCUGUGUGGAAUCCUAUUUCUGUUUUGGUUAGUGGAUGAGUGCACAGCUUCCAAGAAGUACUGCUGGUAUUUUGAAGGAGGCUACCCAAUCUAUUUCAUAUGCCGGUCGUAUGAGGACUGUUGUGGGACGCGGUGCUGUGUCCGGGCUCUCUCCAUCCAGAGACUAUGGUACUUCUGGCUCCUGCUGAUGAUGGGCGUAUUGUUCUGCUGUGGGGCAGGGUUUUUCAUCCGCAGACGCAUGAACCCCUCCCCAAUUCCUGAGGACACCUUCAAUGUGUCAUUCACCAGACACCCAAUGACAGCUUCAGGACUGCAGCAGCCCGGCAUGCAAAACUAUGGAGCCUCAGGAGGGAUGAUACUCACACCUACAUACCCCAUACAGGCCCAUCCCCACCCGGUCCACCCCUCCCACAUGGCAGCACCCUACCCACACCCUCCCCCUCCCGCCUACUGCAACCUCCCUCCUCCACCCUACGAACAGGUACUGCAGGCCUCGGAAAAGAGGUAACCAGAAGGAAAAAGACAUUGGAAUUAAUUAAAUUAUCUCAAACCCUUUAGAGUUCUCAACCCUGCCACAACUGACAGCAGAGAUGGGUCACUGGCCCACGUUCGAGUAGAAAGCGAGUCUGGUAUGGUAUUGGAAUAGCAUCUCGAUGGUUAAAACAUCCAUGCUCAUUAAGGGCUGGUUUCCUGGACACAGAAUAACCCUGAUCCUGGUCUAAAAAGCAUGCAUUGAAACAUGUAUUAUAAUAGCUUUUUAGUCCGGGACUAGGCUUAAUCUGUGUCUGAGAGCAGCCUCAGUUUGAAUCACAAUGGAUUUGUCUCAGUGUUUGUUUUCAUGUCACCUCUCUAAGAUGUCGACCAGAGGUGAGACCCAAUGGUAUAAAACAGACAUGGAUCCAAACAGUUUGUCUAUUAACAACUAGCCUGCCUGCCUGCAUGGUGCUCUGUCAACAACACUGUGUCAGCUGGAAGAGCAGCAUCUAUCUGAGCAUAACUCAGAUCACCCACUCAGGAUACUGUAUUAUUGCCCACUAUCUGUUAUGUUUUUAAUAUCACUGCUGUCAUAGCAUUUAGUAUCUCUAGUACAGAUCAGUAGAUUAGAUCAGAUCAGUAGCCUAUAAUACUGUGGACAUACUGUAGAAAUACCAACUCUGUUUCCCUCAAAAUUAAUUUUGUGUAUGUCUUCCAGUGGAGGCUGCGGAGGGGAAAACGGAGCAAAUGGAAUGGCAUCAAACACAUGGAAACCAUGUUUGAUGUAUUUAAUACCAUUCCACUGAUUCCACUCCAGUCAUUACCACGAGCCCGUUCUCCCCAAUUGAGGUGCCACCAAUCUCCUGUGAUGUCUUCUAUAUUUUAUUAAAGUAGUGUUGCCAAUAAUCUAUGCAAUUUGCUAAUGAAUUCAGAUGUAGAUUGUGGUUGUUGUUUCUCACAAUGUUUUCACGGUAUCCUGAAUUAGCAUCGUACACAGUUAACAUGUAUCACCAGCUUGCCUAAUAAAGUUUGGCUCUGGGGUAAGUGA